AGCAAACGUUAUUUGCGAAGCCUUCUCUGAUUUGCUCCCAUUUCCUUCGCUCUUCCAUCCUGCAAUUCUUAUUUGUUGGCCGCUAGAAAGAGACAAGGUUAGAGAGAGAGAGGGAUGCAAGGAAGCGAGGAGCUUAGCAUCGAUGAACUUGCUUCAAACCUUUCUACUUACAAGGAACAGCUUCAACAGGUUAGAAAACUGUUGGCUGAUGACCCUGGGAAUUCUGAAUAUGCUGACAUGGAAAAGGAGCUUGAGGAGGUGAUUGCACUGACAGAGGAACUCUUUGCAACUGCAAAGCAAAAUGAGUCUUCUGGAUUGGAUACUGGGGCAGAUGGUGGUGCAUCUCCACAUCAGAACCAGUCUGAGGAGCCUUCUCAUUAUGACAUGGCAUUGAGCAACAGCUCGGAAUCAUAUGAUAAGCUUCCUGUUGGCACAAAAGUUCAAGCUGUUUGGAGUGAAGAUGGGGAAUGGUAUGAUGCAACAAUUGAGGCACUUGCUCCAAAUGGAUAUUAUGUCUGCUAUGAUGGAUGGGGGAAUAAAGAAGAGGUUGAUCCUAGCAAUAUAAGGCCAAUCCAAGGAGUAAAUGCUUUGCUAGAAGCUGAGAGAGAAGCUGAAGCUACAAAACAGGCCAUCAAACGAAAAAUUGCACAAUCUGCUGUUGCUGAUUUUCAAUCACGAAGUUUACCAGCAAAGCUUCGUAUAGAUCCUAGUGACCCAGAAGAUGUGAAAGCUGCUAAGCGAAAGAAGAUACAUGCCUUUAAGUCGAAAGUCCGACUUGAGCAACUUGAGGUCACACAAAAUAAGAGACAGAAUGCAUGGCAGCAAUUCCAGACAACCAAAGGCCGUGCUAAGAAGAUUGGAUUCUUCUCGGGGCGCAAACGUGAGAGUAUCUUCAAGUCUCCAGAUGAUCCUAGGGGCAAGGUUGGUGUGACCGGCAGUGGCAAGGGAUUGACAGAAUUCCAGAAGAGGGAAAAGCAUUUGCACCUAAAGGGACAAGGCGUGGAAUCAGAAGAUUAAGUUUCCUCUUACCUAUUUCUCUGCUCUCUUCCAUGGCACCAUUUCAGGUUCCUCCAUCUCUGCUCCUAGAGAAAACUCUGAAGCAAACAGAAAGGAGAGAGGAAUCAGUAAGGGGGACGUAGAAAGUAAAAAAAAAAAAACCAUGCACACAACGUACGUGUAAUUUUAACAGACACUGUUUGAUCUUUUUAGCUACUGUUAUUCAUCUAAUCAGAUAUAAUCUCUGUUUGACAUCUUGCAUUUCAGGAUUCCGCUGUAAAUGCCUGAAUUUGCUUCUUGACUAGUUAUUUUUCA